AUGUCGUCCAAGAAAAAAGACGUGAAACGAUGCCUCCCGUCAAAUCAUCGGCAGACAAAUGAUAGGUCGAUCCUUCUCAUUACGGUAUCACGAGUCAAGUCGACUCGUACAACCAACAGAGUGUGGGCAGGAGCACAUGAUCAUCAAAACAUCACACGUUCUUCCCGCGAGACAGCGUCCUCACACAUCUUCACUGCAUUUAUCAAGUUUCGCUAUUCCUACCUCGUCUCCUUCGAACAAGACGAAGAAGAGUGCGAACAUCUCAAGAGCAAAACCCCAAACAAGUGCAAACUGGCCAUCAUAAUCAAGCAAAAGAGCGUCGACCCACAGCAAUGUCACAAAUGCGAAGAAAAACUACGCAAGAAGAAGAAGCCCGCGAAGUGA